AUGGCGGGUUUGAAUGUUUCCAUUGCCUUCUUUCUCUCAGUUGUGGCUAUUUGUGAGGUGAUCAGGCAGGUUUCCAAGAGAGUUCUGCCUCUUGGAGUGUACCGUGGUCUUGUCAGAGAACUGGUCAGCUCAUUACAGUUGUGUGCUUGCUCCCUUGAGCUGAGGAUGCUGAUGGAGAUUGGUCCCUGGGGUGGUGGCUUUGGCCCAGAUGUGAUUCUGACCCUCCUCUUCAUUAUCUACUUGAUUCAUGGUGUGUCUUUUGAUGGAGCUUCUGCUAACCCCACUGUGUCUCUCCAAGAAUUCCUGGUCAUGGAUUCCUCCUUUGUGGCUACUGUUUUCAAACUUCUGGUCCAGUUUGUGGGAAUGGAGGCAGCUGGGAUUCUCACCACGCACUACUGGUCCUGGGAGCUGACUGAUUUCCACCUCAUCCAGAAUCUAAUGGCCCUGGAUUGCAGUUCCUCUAUCCAUACCUCUUUGUACCAUGGCAUCUUUGUGGAAGGUGUCUGUUCUUUCUUUUUCCAUUUGAUGGCUCUCAAGUUUCAGCAUAGCCACCUGCUGUACAGAGCGCCUGUCCUGGCACUGACUGUGACCACCCUGGCUUACACAGCUGGGCCUUUCACAGGGGCCUUUUUCAACCCCACCCUGGCCUCCAUGGUUACUUUUCACUGCUCUGGGAACAUCCUGCAAGAGUAUGUCCAGGUUUACUGGCUGGGACCCCUCACAGGGAUGCUCGCAGCCCUGGUCUUGUACCAGGGGAACAUCCCAAGGCUCUUCCAGAAAAACCUGCUUUACAGCCCGAAGAGCAAAUACCGGACUCCCAAGGGGAAGGCUGUGCCUGGGCUCAAACAGACAAGAGACAAUGGGGAAGGGCAGCCACAGUUGCGAACUAAGCCCCGGAGCUGAGUGAAGGGUGUGAGAGGGUCCCCCAGCCACUGCCCAUCUCUCCUUCCCAUCAGGCCCCUCCCAUGGCCAGACUGACAGGAGCUGGGACUGAAGACGCCUGGCCAGCUCUGUGAUGUGUGAGCAAGCGUUCGCUGAGGGCACCAUGGGCUUUUCGUGUCACUGUGUAAGUGUACCAGCUGCUUUGGCCACAUGCAAGCAAUCCCUCAGUGCUGGCCCAUGGAGACCUGGCUGUGAAAGCCCCCAGAGAACAUCGCCAGCUAGCGCAGACCUGACCAGCAGCAGAGUGGUGUGAUUGCAGGCUCCAAUACUGUGCCACAAGCACGAUCUAAAGGGCACAUGCCUUCCACCCAGCGCACACCCCUCCUUCCUGAUCUUCCCCAGCCCAUCUCCCCUGGGGGCGGGGCAGGAAAUCACCACCACUGUUCUGCUCCCUCAGUACAGCCAGGCAUCCACCCAUCUUGCUCCCCACAGGAAGGGCUGGCGCUGUUGCAGGGUCUCAGGGCUGUGCUCACACGUGACUAUCCACUCUCUGGUUUGGCUCAAACCCUGUAAUGUCACUGCCAUUGAAUGCAAAUGUUACCUCCAGAUACUAGAUGCCUAGUGGGGACUUGCUCCAUCUCUAGUGGUACAUUAAUUUCUUCUUCUGGAACAUCCAUACACUGUCCUUUUAAAAAUAGAAAGGCAAAGCAGUGACUGCUCAGUGAAACAGCCCAUUCCAAAGUGUCCUGCACCUCUUCACUGCUGGCCCCUCUGGCCAAGAGAGGCUUGAGUGUCAGAAAGUUUGAGACCCUACAUUUUUCCUGCUUCACUCCAGCCUUGAUGGUGAAUCUGGUCCCCAGGCUCAGCCCAGCCACGCAGGGUAAAAAUCUGUCUGGGGAUUGGUCCUGCUUUGAGCAGCAGAUUGGACUAGAUGACCUCCUGAGGUCCCUUCCAACCCUGAUAUUCUAUGAUAUAAGCUGAGUGGGGAAAGCCAGCUGUAAUUGCUGCCCCUAGAUAACAGGUUGUACUCUAAGGGGGAAAUUCACCCCAGAGGAGACUAUUCUGGUACGAUCUGAGCAGUGCUCAAAGGCCUCAGUCCUGCCAAUGCUGAGCACUCUGGCUUUGAUCCAGCCAAGAACUUAAGUAGAGCUAAGUGAAAAUCAGAAUUUGUUGUAUGAGAAAUUCUGAUAUUUCCACAUUUUCAUCCCCAAUUGGGACAAAAAGUCAAUAUCAAAAUUCAUCAUAGAAUGAAAAGUUCCCCAAAAUUUCAAUCUGAAAAUGUCAAAAUAAAAUGUUUCAGCAUUAUUGAUUGAAAUAAAAUGUUUGUGACUGUCCUGAGUCAAAAUGCUUCAUUUGCAUCAGUUCAAUAUUAAACUAUGUUUGCCAAUGGUACUGUGGUGCCUCAUGGGAGUUGUAGUUCAGGUGCCUCUUGCUGCUAUUCACCAAGGCCAGGCUCCUGGGCCAGACUAUAUUUCCCAUGAUGCUCUACAGUCAUGUAAUGUCCAUGUAGCCCAGUCAGGGAUGUGUGUGGUGAUUCACUCCAUAUUCUUUAUGAAAACAUGCUGAUAUGAAUGACAUAACUGAGAUGUACUUUAUGCAAGAUGAGUCUUGUAAGGUAUCAUUGGAAAGGUUAUGAUUUACUGAAUGUGAUUAUCCAAUUUGGAUGCCUGCAUCAUUUCUGUAUCUGAAGUUAGGAAUAUUAACUAUGUAUCUGUAUUUCAAAUGUGUUACUUUGGGUAUCACCCCCAACCAGUGCUUAGGUACAACAAUGGAAAAGCCAGACAGUGCUAAUGGGCCUUUAGCAGAGACAAUGGACUAUGAAAGAGCUUAGUCUUCCCGUGGAUGCUGGAGACAGCCUAUGAGCAAUGGCUGCCACAGUCAUGCAGAGACAUGGGUCCGAGUCACCUGGUACUGGAUACCUCUCCUCCCCUUUUGGAAUGCCAGUGGUUUUCCACUAGAAGAUAAAGGGUUCCCACCUUGCUCAAGAGCUAUGUAAGGCAGGGGAGUGACGACAUCAUGGUUCUCUCCUCUGCCUCCCCACCCAAAGAGACACUGAAAAAACACCUGGAAACAAGAACUGAACUGGGGGCAGAAGGGUUGAACCCAAGUUGGAAGGGCAUCUAGCUUGUGAGUAAUAACUAAGAUUUCAAGCUGGAGACUAGUGCAUCUGCCUUUCAAGACUUUCUGUAUUCUGCCUGCAGCAAUAUCUAGGGUGAGAACAUAAGAAUGGCCCUACUGGGUCAGACCAAACGUCCAUCUAGCCCAGUAUCCUGUCUUCCAACAGUGCCCAGUGCCAGGUGCCCCAGAGGGAAUGAACAGAACAGGUAAUCAUCAAGUGAUCCAUCCCCUGUUGCUCUUUCCCAGCUUCUGGCAAACAGAAGCUAGGGACACCGUUCCUGUCCAUCCUGGCUAAUAGCCAUUGAUGGACCUAUCCUCCAUUUAUCUAGUUCUUUUUUGAACCCUGUUAUGGUCUUGGCCUUCACAAUAUCUAUUGGCAAGGAGUUCCACAGGUUGCCUGUGCGUUGUGUGAAGAAAUACUUCCUUUUAUUUGUUUUAAACCUGCUAUUAUUUGUAACCAAUUAAUUAUUAUUUGUAACCAAUUAUUUUUAGUGAAACUAGCUUAGUUUGUGUGUUUGGUUUAAUUUGUUUAGUAAUCUUUGUUCUGUUCGUUACCCCUUUUAUCACUUAAAAUCUGCCUUUUUAUAGUUAAUAAAAUUUGUUUAGUUUA